AUGGCGCAGCAGAUCGAUCCGGAGGAGGCCGAGACGUCGGACGCCGUGUACCCGGCACGAAGCAGCUCCGUUGCCAGCCUGAACAAGCAGCUGCGCGAGCUCGAGACGCGCUACCACCGCACGCGCCAGCAGCUCGACAAGACGACGCUCAAGCACGAUGCAAUGGCCGCCGAAGUGCGAAAGGUGCGCGCCGACAACAAGGCGUACGAGAAGGAACUCGCCAAGAAGGCUGCGCUUCUCCAACGGCUGGCAUCGGACAAGAAGAUGGUCGAAGCGCAAGCUAUCGCCAACCGCGACUACGCCAAGCGCAUUGAGCAAAAGCUUGCCAUGGGCGCCAAAGGCCAGGCUGCGGCCGCCCGCCACUCCGAAAUGGCCGCGCGCAUGCUCGAAAUGGAGAAGGACCGGCACGAAACCCUACUGACGCUAGAGUCCAAGGACGACCGCAUCAAAGACCUCGACGCCAAGAUUACCGUGCUCAAGCGCGCCCUCGACGUUCGCGUCCGGGAGCUCGGCUUAGACAACAACGUCCACAAUGGCCUCAUAUACGAGAUCGCGCGCCUUCAGGAAACGAACGCGUCGCUCGCGCUGCAGCUCGCGCUGGAAGUCGACCAGUCGACUUGCCUCAAGAGCGUCGUUGCCAAGAAAGACGCCGAGCUGCAAGCGAUAGACAAGGUGCGCAACGACCUCGAGAGCGUUGUGGCACGGCGGGAAGAGACGAUCGCCGCGCGCGAGACGACUCUCGCCAGCCUUCGCACCGACAUCAAGACGCUGAAAGAAGAGAAAGCCUUGCUGCUGAGCUACGUGCAGGAGCAGACAGAGAAGCUGCUCAAGGGCGAAGCGGCCAUGAAGAAGCAGGCCGCCCAGCACACGCAGGCGAUCGAAGCCCUCGAGCUCGAGCUGCAACGACGAUCGUCGACGAUGGACGAGCUGACGGCGUCGGCAGCCGAGAGUCAACAAAGCUACGACAAACUGCUCCAAGCGUACACGGUCACGCAAGAGGCCAUCACCCACGAACGGUCGACCUCGGACGCGCUGCGUGCUCUCUUGGACGAGAAAGCCGACGAGCUCGAGGCCGAGGGACACAAGCUGCGUACUGCGUCCAGUGAGAUGCAGGCAUUGCGCCUGCGCGAAGAGGCGCUUCAAGCCACGUGCAGCACCCAGAGCUCGGACAUUGCCGACUGUCGGCGCCAGAUCGAGGCACUGGAGGCGCGCUGUGGAGGCUUGAGCGACCAAGUGCAAGCCCACGCGGCGUCGACGCGCGCUCUGCAAUUUGAAAUGGAACGGUCGCUCGUGGACCUCGCCAGCGUCUCGCACGAACGCAACGAAGCGGCGCGGGCGAUGAACGAAGCCGUCACCAUCAGCGCGACGGCGAUGGACGAGCAGCAGCUACUUCGCGACAAGCUCGUGGCGCAAGCAACACAGAUCGAGCAGCUCAAACAGUCCAAGGCGCUGUUGCAGAAUGCGAUGCUCGAGCAGCUUGCCGCGCUGCGGAAGCAGCUGCAGCUCGAACGCGUCGCGCGCGUCGCGGCCGAGAGGAAGCAACCGGUUAGCGUCAGUACGAUCGACGAGCUCCCGCCGCCACCGCCGCCCACCAAAGUGCACGUGCCGUAUGUCCUCCCGCCCGACCAACCGGAUAGCACGCUGACACUGCAGGAUCUGAUCCAUUAA